AUGAUGUGUGGUGCGCUACGAAAAUCCGCUGCAGAUCCGCCCUGUGUGGGCGAAGGCAAGGGUGCAACGCUGAGGAUCGAGGUGCCAGAGGGCACCAGGAAGGCGGUGACCACGAUUGGCUUCGAUCCCAGGCACCCCCUCUGCGGCGGGUUAGAGGUAGCCGACUUCGACGGAGAGCUGUCGCUGGAGCGGGGAGAGAUGUAUGGCAAGGAGAACCGCCUGAGCCUCAGCUCCACCGCGCUGCCGCCGGGAGCGUCGGUGCUGGGGCCGGCGCCCGACUCUUCCGCCGCCGCUCUGUGCCCUCGCACGGCCAACAACAAGCGGCAGCAGAUGCUCAAGUACUCCAAGUCAAGGAGGCUUGCUCUCAAGCCGGGCCACAAGCGUGGGAAGGUGGGUAGCUGUUCGGAUGGCGGCGCCAGCGCCGGAGAGGAAGGCGGCGGCUCAAAAGCGACGUUGCUGCGCAAGUCGCUGAGCGACAAGGGCUGGGCCGAAAAACAGACUGCCGGGUUUACGAACUGGCUCAACUUUACGCUCGUCGGAGCGGAGCAGCUCAGGCAUGGGGCCGGCGAUGACGGGGAAGAGGAAGACGGGGGUGUUACCGCGGAGAUUGGGGGGGUUUCGUCAAGCCCGCUUAAGGCCAUGGUUGCCAUGCGUCACGAAGCUAGGCAGCGCGUGAGGGCCAUGCGGCUGUUUCGCUCCGUGGAGGUCCGCACGGCAACGGAAGCCGUCGCGGACAGGGCCUACGACGGCACGAUCUCGCUCCGGAGGGACCGCGUCCUCCACGCGGACGUGGGGCUCAGCGGGGCCCUGAUCGACCUGGUGCUGUGCUACGAGCCGCGCUGGCUGCUGCUCGGCUUGGAGACGGUGUUCGGGGAGAUCGUGCCGAUGCCGGCUGGCGGAGUGCCGGCGGCGGCGAGGACGAAGGCCGGCGGGAGGGUGGACCGCGCCCUCAGGACGUUCGUGGCCGAGCGCUUGGUCAAGUGCCCGGAGAUGAAGGCAAGGUAUGGGUUCCGGGGUCGCGUGGCGAGCGGCGCGUCGGAGGUGGAGUACAACGACGAGCUAGGCCGGCACGCGCUGACGCACUUCCUGGAUCUGGUGCUUUUCCUCGACCGGGCUAAGGCCGAGAACCUCCUGCAUCCGUGCCCUUGUCUCUUCCGCAAGACCGCCGAGGUGAAGUCUAGCGUGGGCAUGCUGAAGGUGUUCUGCCAGUUCCUGCACGGAGAGGGAGACUUCGUGCGGCACCUCAAGAAGAUGGGAUACGUCGUUGGGCACGUGCAGUCGUACAUAGACGAGUUCGAUUUCCACGUGAGCAACCUGGCCGUCGACCUACGGGACGGAGUGCGGCUGACCCGCCUCAUGGAGGUGGUGACGGGAGAGUGGGGGCUGGCCAUCGGUCUUCGCGUCCCCGCCGUGUCGAGGCUUCAAGUGAGUUUCCCUGGCAUUCUUUCUUACGUGGCCUUGAUGUUUAAACGGGGGGAAUCAUGUGGUAGCGGCGGCGGCGGCGGCGCGGUGUCCCCGAAGGACAUCGUGGACGGCGACCGGCACGCCACCCUGCGCCUCCUCUGGUUCAUCAUCACCCGCUACUCGCUCUCCGCCCUCCUCGACCGCGACGCCCUGGCCCGGGAGGCGCAGGGCGUGAUCUCCGCCGCUAGGAAGUGGCGCCGCGCGGGCUUCUCUCCGGCUCGACCCGAGCGCGCCAUGGGGAAGAUGGAUGCCAUCGAUUUCGGGGUGAUGUCCCCCGGAUCUCCGGCGUCUCCCGUGGCGCCUCCGGCCGAGGGGCGCGCGGUUGCCGGGGAUGAGCACCCCCCCCUUGAGCUGCCGGAUGUGGCCGCCAUGGUCGAGGGCUGGGAGGAGAAGGCGGGCGGCGGCAGCGGGGAUGGGGGGCGCCGUGACGGUGGUGGCGGCGGCGACGAGGAGCUGCUGUCCGCGCUGCUGGUGUGGUGCCAGGCCGUGUGUCACGGGUAUGGGGUGCCAGUGCGGAACUUCACGACCUCGUUCGCGGACGGCCGGGCCCUGUGCCUGCUGCUGCACUACUACCACCCGAGGAUUAUCCCUCUCAACGCCAUUCGGCGGACGACGGCCCACCUCCCGAGGAUUGGCGGCGGUCGGGGGGAGCUGGAGGACUGGUCAGCCUCUCUCGACCCUUCCAAGGAAGUGUCGUGCUGCGCAGCCGAAGUAGACCAAGGUUGCAUAACGGAGGCGGAAUGCAAGGCGGCGUUGGACGGCGAGCGGGCGAACGUCGCUCUGGCUAGGCACUGCGUGGCGGAGCUGGGCGGCGUGCCGUCCAUGCUGGCACCGUUCGACAGCACCAACCGGCCGGAAGAAAAGACGAUCAUCACGGUUGUGGCCCACCUCUGCGCCCGGCUCCUCGAAUCCAGUGCCGAGAUCCGCUCCACCAUCCUGGUGCAGCGGGUCUACCGCUCCUUCCUCGAGCGGACGGGGCGCGGGGACCUGGUCGAGCGCGCCCGCGCCGCCAAGGCCAGGGCGAGGUCGAAGGCUGCGGCGGAGAGGGCAGCCGCGGCUGCCGCUUUGGCGCGGGCGGGAGACGGCGCGGCGCCGUUCACGCCCCCGGCGACGCGGCGGGGACCGGCGGCGGUAGCGGAGGCGGCGGAGAGGGUGCUGCCAGAGCAAACCAUGUACGUGAGCGAGAAGCAGCGGGUCCACCUGGCCGCGUUGACCAUUCAGAGGUGGUGGGCGGCGGGCGCCGAUGGGAGGCUGAGGAGGCUGGGGUGGUCGGCAGCGGCGACGGUGGUCCAGGCGGCGUGGAGAGGGAAGGCGGCGCGGAGGGCGGCGAGCUCGCGGCGGGAGGAGCUGGCGGAGCAGGCCGAGCGCGGGUUGGAGAAGCGCAUUAACGAGGCGGCGGCUUCCAUCCAAGCCGUGGUUCGUGGCCGGCUCGAGCGCAAAGCGUUCCUCCGCGCCAGAAAUGCCUCAGCCGUCCUCCAGAUGUGGACCAGGGGACGCUGUGAGAGGAUGCGGUACCUGGCCUUGAUCCGGCAGCUCCAAGCCGCCGCAGAAAACAGCGCCGCGACCACGGUCCAAGCCUGGCGCCGGAUGCUCUCCGCGAGGCGAAAACUGUCUACCGCUAGGCAAGCCGCCGUUCGCAUCCAGGCCGUCGCGCGCGGCAGGGCAGAGGCGAACCUCUACCCCAAGAAGAGGGCCGCGGUCAUCGCCGUCCAGGCGGCGCAGAGGGGCACCGCGGCGCGGGCGAGACUGUCAAGAGAACGGGUGGCGAAACGAGCGGCGGCGGAGCACACCGCGGCGGUGCGCCUGCAGGCGCUCUGCCGGGGUGUCCUGGCGCGAGGCCGUCGUCACCGGCAAGAGACAGCGGCGACACUACUCCAGGCCAAGGCAAGAGGUACAGCGGCCAGAAAACAGGCGGCCCGGCGGGGGGUAGCCGUUGCUGUCCUGCAGCGCUGGGGACGCGCCGCGUUGGAGCGGCGGAGGUACAGGCGGGUCGUGGCUGCGGCGUGCGUCGUUCAGGCCUGGGCAAGGGGUGCUGUCGCGAGGCGCGCCGUGUCCGAGCGCCGCGCUGCCGUCGUGCGCGUCCAGGCGUGGGCGAGGGGCGCGCUGGAGGCUGGUAGGUACCGGAGCCACCUGCGGGCUGCGGUGGUGCUGCAGGCGUGGCGGCGAGGCGUGGUGGAGAGGGCGCGGAUGGACGCGAGGCGCCGAGCCGCGGUCCGCGUCCAGGCGAUCGCUCGAGGCCAGAAGGAAGCCUACCUGUUCCGCGGCAAGCGUGCGGCCGCCGUGCGCGUGCAGGCUUGGUCUCGCGCGACCGUCGUCAGGGGAGAGCUGGCCGUGCGCCAGAGGGCCUCGGUUCGCCUGCAGGCUUGGGCCCGGGCUAGGAGGCAGGUGAUGGGUUUCCAGAAGGCCAAGCGCGCCGCCAUCGUUGUGCAGGCCUGGUGGCGGGGGACGUUGGCGACUAGGAGCUUCCGCAAGCUCGUGAGGGCUGCUGUCGUCGCCCAAGCGCGCGCGCGAGGGGUCGUGGCGGCUGCUCGCUAUCGCAGGACCGUCGACGCCGCGAGGAUGAUCCAGUCCCACUGGCGUGCUGCUUUGGCCGUAGCUCGCUACCGCAAGGAUGUCAGCGCUGUGGUGAGGAUCCAGGCGAAUUGGCGAGCUGCACUGGAGAAGUCUCGCUACCGCAGGAUGAAGGAGGCCACUGUGGUCGUCCAAGCUUACGUGCGGGGAGCGGCGGAAGUGGGUCGUUACCGCAGGUCUCUCGCCGCUGUGGUCGUCAUUCAGUCUGGGCUACGGCGUGCAGCCGCUGUUGCUCGCUACCGCAAGGACAUCAGCGCUGUGGUGAGAAUCCAGGCAUGUUGGAGAGCUGCACUGGAGAGGUCUCGCUACCGCAGGACCAAGGAGGCCGCUGUGGUCGUCCAAGCACACCUGAGAGGUGCGGCGGAAGCGGCUCGUUACCGCAGGACUGUCGCAGCUAUCGUGGUCGUUCAGUCCGGUUUCAGGCGUGCGGCGGCUGUUGCUCGCUACCGCAAGGAUGCCAAUGCUGUUGUGAGAAUCCAGGCACACUGGAGAUCUGCCUUGGAGAAAUCUCGCUUUCGCAGGACUAUCACCGCAGCUGUGGUCGUCCAAGCUCAUGCGCGGAGAGCGGCGGAAGCGGCUCGUUACCGCAGGACUCUCGCUGCUGUCGUGGUUGUUCAGUCCGGUUUCAGGCGCGCGGCCGCUGUUGCUCGCUACCGCAAGGACGCGAAGGCUGUUGUGAGAAUCCAGGCGCUUUGGAGAGCUGCACUGGAAAGGUCUCGCUACCGCAGGACCGUGGCGGCGGCUGUGGUCGUCCAGGCUCGCCGGCGGCGCGCGGUGGCGCUAACAUGUUACCGGAAGCUCGUGGGCGCCGCCGUAGUCGCCCAAUCCCGCCGGCGCGGCGCGGCCGCGGCGACCGCUUACCGCAGGGACCGCGCCGCCGCCGUCGCGGUCCAGAGCGCCAUGCGCGGCGCCUCGGCUCGCCGAGAGCUCGCCCGGCAAGCCGGUCGGGCCACGCAGAUCCAGGCCUGGUGGCGCAUGGCGACCGCUCGGUCCCUCGCCCGCCGCCAGAAGCGCUCCGCCGUCAGGCUGCAGGCGGCGUGGCGCGGCGCGGCGGCUAGGGCGGCCUACCGGAGGGCGGUCGAUGGAAGCGCCAGGUUUCAGGCGCUCGUGCGCGGGGCUCAGACCCGGGCGUGUCUCGCGCGGGAGCGGCAAGAGAUCGAGGCCGCGGUUCUUCUUGCCAAGGCCCAGGAGGCGGAGGCGGCUGCCGCAAGCGCUAUCCAGGCGUGGCGCCGUCGCCGUGUGGCGGCACGGCGGCGGCGAGCGGAGGCGAAGCAGGCAGCCGCCGUCAGGAUGCAGGCCGCCGUGCGCGGAGCCAUGGCUUGCCGCGCCUUUCGGGCGGUCGUUGCCGCGGCUACCGUGGUGCAGGCGCGCGCCAGGGGGCAGCGGGUGCGGCGAGACCAGGCCCGUCGCGCCGUCGCGGCGACCAGGAUACAGUCGGCGGCGAGGGCAGCGGCGGCGUGUGCCCGCGUGGCGAGGGGGAGGGAGCAGCGUCGCGCGAUACUUGCGUCGGCGGUGAUCCAGAGGGCGUGGCGAGGAGCGGCGGCCAGGGCGAUGCUGUCGCGCAGGACGGUGGCGGCAGCCGCGGUGCAACGGUGGUGGCGGUCGGUUCUCGAAGAGGAACGCCGACAGGAAGCUCUCGAACAAUCGUCUGCCACCCUCCUCCAGGCGUGCUCCCGGGGUCACCUCGCCCGGGCGGCCCUGCGCCGAGAGGCCUCGGCGGCGGUCGCCAUCCAGGCCCGCUGGCGGGGCGCCUCGGACCGCUCACGCGCCGCCGGCCGUUUCGCGGCCGCCGUUCGUUUGCAGGCGUUCGGGCGGGGCGCCCUCGCUACGGCGCGGUUCCGUAGGACUCACGCGGCGGCGGCGGCGGUGCAGGCUCGCUGGCGGGGAGCGGCCGCCAGGUCCCGUCUCGCCGCAGAAGCGGCGGCGGCGGCGGCGGUUGCGGCGGAGAUACGGGCGGCGCGUGAGGAGAGCGCGGCGAGGACGCUGCAGGCGUUCGCUCGGGGGACACUGGAGCGGGCUGAGCUGAUGCGGGCGGAGGCGGUAGCCAUCGUGGUGCAGCGGGCGUGGCGGGAGAGGCUGCUGUGGCGGCGGCGGGAGCGGGAGAUCGCGACGGCGGCGGUUGCCGUGCAGGCUUGGUGGAGGAUGGCGUCAGCUAGGGCGGAUUGCCGCCGGGCAAGGCGGGGAACUGUCGCUCUGCAGGCCGCCGUCCGAGGGAGGGCCGCACGCGGCGCUCUCAAGGCGGAACGCGACGCCUCAACUAGGAUAAUCGCUUGGUGGCGAGCGGCGGCGGAGGCCGCGCGCUACUGCCGCACCCGCCGGCGCGUGGUGAUGUUGCAGAGCCUCGUCCGCGGGAGGAGGGGCCGCGAGGAGGCGGCUGCUCGCUGGCUGGUGCUCGGCCGCCGGUUCUCCAGGACCAAGGCGGCCACCAUGAUCCAGGCGGCCGCUCGCGGCAUGGCAGCGCGGAAGAAGACGGAUCCCGGGAUCUCCUCAGCCCGGGCGAGGAUCGAGAGGGCCAACGCCAACGCCCUCGCCGAUCCUUCCCAGGUCCUCGGUACCAGAGUGAACGACGCCCUCACCGCGCUGGAGCACUGCACGCACCUGACGGCCAUCAUCCGAGCGUGCAUCGCUCUCGAGCUCACGUCCAGGUACUCGAAGGUGUGCUGCGAGGUGAUGGCCCGGUCCAGGUGUCCCCAGGUGCUCUACGACCUCAUUCGCGGCCUGAACCGCAGCCCCCCUCACCAGAAGAUCCUCAAGUAUGUCAUCACGACCUUCCGGAACAUCGCCCAGAGGGGGGACGGCCUUCCCGCUUUGCUCGCGGCACCUCCUGUGGCGGCUGAGACCUACGUCGACCUCUUGCAGAUGUACCGCGAGAGGCAGGAGGUCUUCCUACCCACGGUGCGGCUGCUGCAGCAGCUGCUGAACGCUCACAAGCCAACCAAGGACAAGUGCAACUCCGUGAAGCACCGGCCGCGCCUGGAGAGCAUGCGGGACAUCCUCGCGCGCAAGGCGGCGGUCGAAGCCAAGAGCAUCGCGGCCAGGGAAGGGGGAGGGGGCGUGAGCAGCGGCUGUGGCGGCGGCGGCGGCGGCGGCCGUGCGUCGAAAUCCCUCAAGGCUAUCCAGGGUCUUCUGGACGAGUUGGCGCGAGACUGAUGGAUGAAUUGUGGGUGAUCGUGCUCUGUUUGUCGUCCAGCUUUCCUCCUGUGGUGCUGUAGGUGGAAGAACGGACGCGUUUUGGUGUCCGGACUUCUUUUAUUCGAAUACAUUCGAGAAGAGUUCACGAAUAACCCGGCGUGUUCUUCCCUCUCGAUACCCACGGCAAUGCAAGCAAUGGGAGGGGCGUGCGUCGUAGUGCAGCGGAGGAGAGGAAGGUAUAGUCUAUUCGGGGAGUACAGCAGUGUAGUAUGAAAUGAACGUCACGUUUUUUAUUGUUUUCUCCGGCGGGAUCCGGAGAGGAGCGUUGCCAGUAGCGAUAAGGCUGCCCUUUGACCGUUAUUAUUUUCUAUAUCGGAAAUAGGGUGGUAAAGUAGCGGUUCUGUGAAGAACCACAUUCAGUAGUGUGGGCUGGAUGAGUAUAGGUGACACACACACAUGGACGCUGCAGUUCACUGACGAAAUGGCGCUCGAACGGUGAUUCGGUCGUCUUCUCGAUUGCGGAGAAAGCAUGCGGUUCUAUAAUGUUUUUUUUCUUGUCGUCCAGGCGUCGGUGAGAUUCACGCUUGCAUGUAGAUGCCGACGUAGAUAGAUGCCCUCUGCCCUGAUGUUUGAUGGAGUCGAGGGUUCGUUGGACGGGUAGCUUUGGCCUGCCACUUUGUAGGAGGCCAGUUUUUUCUCGUGCGAUGUAGGCCAGGGUUAGCCGAGUGGAUCGCGCGAUGCUCGACCAACUAGGGAGGCGUGGCAGGGGGACCAUCGUGGGUCUACCACGCACGGAAGGGGAAGGGACAGAACAUCAACCCCGCAUGGGUGGGAUCAUGGGUAGUCGGUGUUCUGCCCACAGCAGGACCCGUUUAGCUGUACUGGUUUUCAUGUCCCUAAAGAUGGAAUGGAACGGCGGCACUUGUCUCCACAUGCAUGGCACAAUUAUUGCUGUACGAGGUUCGGUACAUGGGAUGGAAACGUCUGGCCGUGUGUACCGGUUGAUAAGGUGCCCGUGCUGUCUUGGUUUGAGGUAUUUUUUGCGCAAAUAUUGGUGGAUGCUUUGGGAAGCGUGGCGGGGCUUUGUGUUUCAUGCGCGUGCAAGGUAUGGGCUACACGAGUUCUUUUGUCAAGUGUCGAUUAGUUCUUUUGUUGGAUUGUUCGGUGCAGUCGUGGACAGCGGCGCAUAUCAAUUUCCUUCGAUAUACUGAUGUAUUGGGGUGAUUUAGGUUGAUGCAAGAACGCUUCGGUCGAGUAUUUGUCGUUAUACUCUGCAGUUUUUAGCACAAUAUGCAUGUACUAGUGUCGUUCGGUUGUUUUGUGUCCUUUGUCGGUGUGAAAAUGGCUGAACGUACCUUAGCCUUGGAGGCUGAAGCACUGUUACAGUCUACUACUUUGAAGCUACGUACGCUGUUGUCGUUUAGAAACAUCACCAAUUGUUAGCGGACCUCGCACGUAGCGAAACGGGCCGCAGGACUGAGGACAAUCGCUGCUCGGAUGACGCAAAAGCACAACCAUGUCGAACUUUUGUACAAUGAG